AUGGACACGUUCAAUAAACGACAGGCUGAAAUAACAACACAACUAUUCAAAAGUGCAUCUGCAGGGUCAGGACACGAAAAACCCACGGAUAACUCAAGUGUCAGCCACGAUGUGUCUGCUUCUGAGAUACCAGCACAAAACAAUAAACAAGGAGCAGUUCUUCCAGCUACGACAGAUCACCUAGAUCGCAAUUCUGAUCAUCAAAGCCUCCAUAAAAGUCCUUCCCAGUCACAGUCAUCGCCCAAAAAGAAAACAGAGAAUUACCCUCCGCCACAAACAGAAAAUUCCCCAAUACCAGAUUUAAUCUCAUUUACACCUUCUGCCUCGAAAAAGAAACUAACCAGGUCAUCAUCGUCAUCUUCGGAAUCCUCUGAUGAAUCGGUUUCCGGUAACCCAACUCCAAAAAAAGACUCGCAAACAAAAUCGGAUCGAAAUAACAACGAGGGAGAAAAUCAUCAAAGCCUCCAUAAAAGUCCUUCCCAGUCACAGUCAUCGCCCAAAAAGAAAACAGAGGAUUACCCUCCGCCACAAACAGAAAAUUCCCAAUUACCAGAUUUAAUCUCAUUCUCACCUUCUGCCUCGGUAAAGAAACCAGUACCACCUAGGUCAUCAUCAUCAUCUUCGGAUUCCUCUGAUGAAUCGGUUUCUGGUAACCCGACUCCAAACAAAGACUCGCACACAAAAUCGGAUCAAAAUAACCACGAGGGAGAAAAUCCAGCUCCAAUAUUGCCUCUCGUUGUGGCGAAACCUGACAAAUCAGCACCAUCUCUAGAGAAAUCAGAUUCCAAAAAACAAAACCAUGGCAAUGAGGAAGCAAACAGAGCGGACAAUGGACAAAUGGUUGGACUGGCUACAACAGGUGAACUUGGACAAAGAACGAAGAGUAUUUCAAGGUCGAAUUCAGAAUCAAGGAACACAUUGCCUGAAAAACAUCACGCUGAAAUCAAAGUUCCAAAUGAUACACACGGACAGAUCAAAGUUGAUCAUGACAACUCUCAAUCAAGUAGAUCAUCAUCAUCGGGCCUUACAGAUGGUUCGAAUGAUGACCACGUCAAACAAAAAGAACCUGAAUCAGAAAACCAAUCAAGUCCAAACCCUGAUGAACAGAAGACAAUUAUUCCUGCUAUUUUUGACGCUGCUCCAAAAUCGCAAGACAAGAAAUCCGACCAUUCAGAAUCUGAUAUUUCGCAUAAAGAGCAGCAUGUUCAGCAAGAAAUACAUAUAGUUCCAGACAAACAAGGAAGUAAAUUGAAUUCCAAUGCAUCGGAUAUAUCUCAUACACACAAACAUGACAGUUCAUCUCAUUCUUCAAAAUCGAGUAAAUUGCAUGAAGACCAGAUCACACCGAAAGAAGUCGCAGACCAAAACGAAGUCAUUUACAAUGUAAGCGAACAUUUCGUGCAAAAAGAUUCAUCAGCGCAGCACGAACACGAUUCUUUGCACUUUGGCGGUCCCUUGCACAUACGUCCUGAGAAACCUACUUCCAAAGAUUUGAGUUCAGCUCAAAAUCAAGGACACGAUGGAAGCCAUUCUGCUUCGGAUACGCAUUUAGUACAGAAUAAAGAACACGAUGGAAGCCGCUCUGCUUCAGAUCUGCAUUUGGUCCAAAAUAAACCACACGAUGGCGGCCAUUCUGGUUCAGAUGUGCAUUUAGUUGAAAUUAAAGGAGAUGAUGGAAGCCAUUCGGCAUCAAGUCAUUCUGACCAUUCAAGUAGCGACAAAGAAAAAAAUAAAGAAACAGAACACGUAAAAGAGGCGGGUAGCAGUGAACACAAGAAUAAUCUUUUACUAGACCUGUUCCCUGGUCUCACAAAUACACAUCAUGAGCAACCGACCUCCAACGAUUCAAACAAAGGCUUACAUAAGGAACAAAAUGGAAACCGCUCUUUAUCAGGUCAUUCUGGAAGUUCAAGUGAUAAGAGUGAAAGCAAAAAACUGAUAGAGAAUAAUACUGAGAAGGAUAGUUCUAAAAAAAAAGAAGAUCAUGAAGUUUUACAUUUUCCUGAACCAGUAAAAAUAAUUCCUGAGCAGCCUGUUCCCAAAGAUCCAAACACACACGCGAAAAAAGAACACGACGAAAACAGCUCAUCGUCAGGUUAUUUCAUUUUACACAAAACGUCACAAAUUUUCAAAAUCGUAGGCCAUUCGGCCCAUCGAAGCGAUAACAAUAAAGGCAAGCAAUCAGCGGAAGAAAAUGAAACAAAGAAGGACAGUUCUCCACAGAAAGACGAUCACAAUAUUUUGCCAUCUUUCAGUUUACCGAUUUUACUUUCUGGGAAGCAUGAUUCCCAUGAUUCAAGCGCAAAUAAGAAAAAAGAACACAAUGAAAGUCACUCAGCAUCAGAUCACUCGGCCAAUUCAAACGGUAAUAAAGCGAGAGAUUUAAAAUUACACAAAAUCAAAACACCGAAAGAUAGUUCCCAGCAAAAAGAUUCUGGAGAUUCGUUCAAAAAAGAUCUAGAACAUCGUCAGGAACACGAUGAUAUUCACGGGGUCAGCUUAGACACAGAAUUACAAAAGCCCUAUAUAGCAGUUCCUGUACCGAAAAAGAAAAAGAAGAGAGAUCGUGCACAAGAUGAUGGGGAUGCGAAAAUAAAGGGAACAGAAGAUGAGAAAGCGAAAAAAGACGAGGAAAAAGAUAAUUCAUCGUCAGCACCAUCACUUUCAUCAUCUUCAUCAAUAUCAUCAGAUUCGAGUAGCGACGAAGAUGGAAGCGGCAAAAACAGGAAUCAACCUGUUCUAGAAAAUGAAUCAAAAUCUGCCUCCGAAAAGCCUACGAAAGGUGAAGUGAUCUCACCUGGGAAAAAAAAACCUAAGAAACUAGAGUUUCCAGUUCCGUACGAUGAAUCCGCUUCGGAAAAAUCACACAGGAUUGUUACAAGUCCCAAGACACCCGAAAAACACGAAGAAGUAAAAGUCCGUGGUCUGGAUAGCAAAUCCGUUGAUGACUAUUCAGAUAUCGUGGUUAGAAGCCCCAAGCAAUCAAGCAAACGUGAAAAUAAAACCAAUGAUUCUGAUUCUGAUUCACACAAACCGAUUGAAAUCGCCGGAGAUUUAGGAAAGCCAAAAUCGAAGAAGAAAGGAAUUCCUAGAAGUGAUUCUGAAUCUGACCAAUCAGGGAGAAGUAAGGAUAAAAAAUCGAAGAAGAAAAAGCAAUCCGGAAAUAAUUCUGAAUCUAACGAUUCAGCGAAAAGUAAGGACAAAAAAUCGAAGAAAAACAAUAAUAAUUCUGAUGGUGGUUCUGGAUCUACCGAAUCUUUCAAAAGCACUGGAAAACCUACGAGUCCUAGAUCACCUAAAAAAGCUGAGAAGAAAAAGCACAAUUCUAGUAGCAAUUCUGGUUCCGACGAAUCUGAGAAAUCUCAAAAACACAAGAAGAAAGAAUCCGGUUCAGAUGAAAGUUCCCAAAACACUGAUGAUAAAAAUAAACACGAUGAUGGGCAAUUACAAACACCUCAGGGGUGGGCAGGAUGGAUCGCAGCUGCCCCAUCAAAUCUUCUUUGGGGAGCGUGGGCAAGGAUGCCAUCACGUGAGGCAGCGUGGAAUAUGGUUCCAUCACGUCAGGCAAUAGCAUCACGUUUGGGAUAUGGGGCAGCACAACCAGCCCCACAACAACAACCAGUGAAAGCUUGAUUUUAUCCAAUUAUCCAUAAAUAUUAUUACCAUAAGACACAAAUGUACAGAAUUAAAUUGAAAUAAAACGCAUAGGUAACUGCAUCUCAUGCACAUUUCUGUUAAAAAUCUUUCUCCACUAAUCGAUAUUAUUUCAGCACAUGUUACACUUAGAAUAAGGUACCGUUUGAACUCGAAUAA